AUGCGUGGACGAGGUGGACGCGGCGGUGCCAGGGGAGGUUAUCGCGGCGGCAAAGCACCAUCAUCUGCCCCAUGGAGCCGCCUGAAGCCAGUCGAGCUCGAUCCGCUAGAAGCCAUGGGACUGCCCUCAAAGGGUGAUGACAGACUGCUGGACCUCAAAACCCAAGAACGAUACUAUACAAAGAUUGUUGAGCGCUACAUGACCUUCUGCUCCGACGCUGGCGAACGAGAAGAACUACUACGACGCUUUGCUUCACUCAACUUGACGACACAAAACCCGUAUCCCAACGACAAGACAACAACCACACAUGCACAAUCAACGCCUCACUUGACAUCUGCGAGACCGCAUCCUCAUCAUGCUACCACCGCCCCUCCCGGAGUGCCGCUCAAACCAUCGGGGAUUUCGAGCAACACCAAGGGUCUUUCCGACGUCCUUGCGGCCCUGAGGAAAUUGCGCGAGGGCAUAGUCGCAUCAAAGCGCGCCGACGACUUUGCCGUGCAGGCAUACCUGUUCUGCAUACGGUUGGCGGUGCUCGUCAAAAACCCCGAAACCUACCAUCCAUCGAUCUUGCAUCUCCUGCGCCGCAUACACCCCCGGCACCCGAUGACGAGCAUCGAGACGAGCGAGGUGGUGGGCUACUUGAUCCUAGAUACGGCGUGUCGUCGUAGCGACCUCGCUGAGGCUUACACCCUACGACAUCGGUACAGGCUGCGGGAUCCCAAGGUGGACGGCGUGCUGGAGGCGCUGACGCACGACAACUACAUGCUGUUGAAGCGGCUACGCAUGAGCGCCGACGGGCACAAGGCCAAGCUGCUCGAGUACGCCGAGGAGGCCAUGCGGCGACACGCGCUGAAGUGCUUUGGUCGCAGCUAUCUGAGCGUGGACUUGGCCUUUCUCGAAAAGUGCACCGACGCCAAUUGGAUGGACCUGAUCAGCAACGAAAAGGUUGGCUGGGAACUAGAGGGCAGCAUGGUUGUCAUUAGAAAGGUCAAGGGUAGGUAA